AUGAAUACCGAUCCUCUCAAACUUUCGCCGCGUUCAGAAACCAUCGUACCAAUCGCUAGCACGAGACCGGAAGGAACAGCUUUAGUAGUCCAUUCACAAGUUCUACAAGGAGAAAACGUCCGUCUCGGAAAUGUGGUAAACACAGUUAAGCAUGGAAAAAUAUUAGCUAUUGCCAUCAACACUUCAGAAGAGCACAUUACGAUACCACCUUUAAAUAUAGAAGAAAUUGAAUUUGAGGAGUUCCGAGAAACCUCCACGUUGAUCGCGACAAAUACUGACGAAAUUACGGAAGACACGCAUCGCAUUAGUCGCAUUCGGGAAGCUAUACUAUAUCGAGAGUUAAAUGCGGAAGAAUCAAAUAGUCUCUGGAAGGUGAUUAGCGAGUACCCAGAUAUUUUCCAGCUGGAGGGGGAUUCAUUCCCUUCUACCGAUGCAAUACAGCACGAAAUCCACCUAAAGGAAGGAGCGAAACCUGUCAACGUUCGACCGUAUAGAUUGCCAUACGCUCACGUCAAGAGAUUGUCAGGACAAUGGAAGAGUUAG